AACAGAGUUAGAGUUACGAGACUGCUACAAGAAGCGCAGAGCACACUGCUAUCCCGGCUGUCUUAACUGUCACUUGUAGCUGGGCAAAGAUGAAGUGCGACACGUUCUGGUUCAGACACCUUCUCUCGAAAGUGUUUUUACUACAGUUUAUUGUUUCCCAGACAACUUUAGGUGCACCAUCACCGAUUAUCAAGUUUCCUGGGGAUGAUACAACCCCACGAACGGACAAAGAAGUGGCUCUGCAUUAUUUGAACAAGUUCUAUGGAUGCCCACAAGACAGCUGUAACCUUAUGGUGCUGAAAGACACUCUGAAGAAGAUGCAGAAGUUCUUUGCACUGCCAGAGACUGGAGAGAUUGAUCAGAAGACAGUUGAGAUCAUGAAGAAGCCUCGUUGUGGUGUUCCAGAUGUGGCUAAUUACAACUUUUUCCCCAGGAGGCCGAAGUGGGGGAAUAAUGAAAUAACGUACAGGAUUUUAGGAUAUACCCCUGAUCUGGACGAGGGAACCAUAGAUGAUGCUUUUUUCCGGGCCUUUAAAGUGUGGAGUGACUUCACACCACUAAGGUUCACCCGCAUCAUGGAUGGAGAGGCCGACAUCAUGAUCAACUUUGGGCGCAAUGAGCAUGGAGAUGGCUACCCCUUUGACGGGAAAGAUGGCCUGCUGGCUCACGCUUUUGCCCCUGGCCCAGGAAUUGGGGGUGACUCACAUUUUGAUGAUGAUGAACAGUGGACACUGGGAGAGGGACAAGUGGUGAAGGUGAAGUUUGGGAAUGCAGAGGGGGAGUUCUGUAAGUUUCCUUUCCUAUUUAUGGGGAAGGAGUACACCAGCUGCACAUCUCAAGGCCGUGAUGAUGGCUUUCUUUGGUGCUCCACCACCUACAACUUUGAUCAGGACGGGAAGUAUGGGUUCUGUCCCCAUGAAUUGCUCUUCACUCUUGGUGGCAAUGGCAAUGGCUCUCCCUGCAAGUUCCCCUUCACAUUCCAAGGUGAAACAUACAAUGGCUGUACUACUUCUGGCCGAGAUGACGGGUACCGCUGGUGUGCAACCACAGAGGACUAUGACCGUGACAAGACCUAUGGCUUUUGCCCAGAAACUGCCUUAUCAACGGUUGGUGGUAACUCUGAAGGAGCACCCUGUGUUUUCCCUUUCACCUUCUUGGGUAAUAAUUAUGAAGCCUGCACCUCCUCUGGGCGUAGCGAUGGGAAAAUGUGGUGCGCCACCACUAAAAGUUAUGAUGAGGAUCGCAAAUGGGGUUUCUGUCCUGAUGAAGGCUACAGUCUGUUUCUGGUGGCUGCCCAUGAGUUUGGUCAUGCACUUGGGUUGGAGCACUCCCAGGAUCCAGGUGCUCUGAUGGCUCCCAUUUACACUUUCACAAAGAACUUCAGGCUGUCCAAUGAUGACAUCAGAGGCAUUCAGGAACUCUAUGGUGCUCCAACAGACAAGCCCCUGCCACCCACUCAAGGACCAGUCACUCCAUUGGACAUUUGCAAAGAGAGUAUAAUCUUUGAUGCAGUGGCUCAGGUCAGAGGAGAGACGUUCUUCUUUAAGGACAGAUUCCUGUUUAGGUCUGCCAACCCCAGGGCCAAGCCCAGCGGACCCAUGUUGAUAGCAACCUUCUGGUCUGAGCUACCAGAGAAGAUUGAUGCUGCCUAUGAGAACCCACUAGAGGAGAAGACAGUGUUCUUUGCAGGGACUGAGAUGUGGAUUUAUUCAGCAAGUACACUGGAGAGAGGCUAUCCUAAGUCCAUCACUUCUAUGGGCCUGCCUGCUGACCUCCACCGCAUAGAUGCUGCAUUCUCUUUCAGCAAGAGCCAAAAGACAUACUUAUUCGCAGGAGACAAAUUCUGGAGGUAUAACGAAGCUAAGAAGAAGAUGGACCCUGGCUUCCCCAAGCUGAUUGCUGAUGCCUGGAAUGGCAUCCCAGACAACUUAGAUGCUUCAUUCAGUCUUAAUGGAGAUGGUUAUAGCUACUUCUUCAAGGAUGCCCACUAUCUCAAACUAGAUGACAGCACCCUGAAGAUUGUCAAAGUUGGUGAUGUAAAAACAGACUGGCUGGGCUGCUGAGCAGCACCAGAAAGUCGGUGGCUCUCUGCCUACCCUCCCCUCUGGGUGACCCUUUUCUCGCUGUACACAGACAUGGUCAUCACAGCUGUUGCUCCAGACUGGUAACGUCAUAUGCACAUAUUCCCACAUACCAGACUGAUCUCUCUGCCAAAUGAGUAUAACCAGCCUUUAGCUAAUCAGAGAGACCCACAACAAUAUGGACCUUAUUUGCCAGUGGAAUAUAGGUAACUGGGUGAAAUGUAUUAAAUAAUUUUGUAUUAUAUAAUUGUAUAAUAUUGACAAUUAAGUUGUAAUGCUUAUACAGACUUGCGUAUUACUCUGACCUAAAAUCCUGGUUAAAACGUAUACCCUAGUUUAUUGGUAUUUUGUUAUGCCAGAGGGCAGAUUACUACACUGUAAAUCCCCCUACAUUUCACUGGCAUCCGGUAUGUCCACACUGCACAGACCCAGGUGGUAUUGAACUGUGAGAUAUCUCUCUCGAUUCAAAUUUAAUUCAUAAGGACAGUUUUGUAGCACUUGUUAUUUGUUUAUGGAAUUGUUCAAAUCAAACGUGACCACAUAACUGUCAUUGGCAUUGUAUUGUAUCUCUGUUGAUCUUGUUUGACUAACAUUAUAGAAUGGUUCAGGGCACGGGUUGCCUUAAGAUUGUAUGUAGUAUGCUGUAUGAUGGAGUCACGGCACGUUGUAUCCCGAAAGUUAUUUUUAAUAAUCUUUUGUAUUAUCAUUGUUUUUAUUUUU